AAAUCCAAGGGGUCAGGGACGCUCAUCUCCCAGAAGGAGUCCCCUCUAGGGGGUAGGGUCAAAGUAAUGACGACCCCACAGAAUAAUAUAUCCCAGGUAGCCCCGGGCCCCACAGCUCGUAAAGGAACAGUUUUGGCCAAGCCUCUGCAGUCUUCCAUGUCGUCGUUCCUAACAGCAGGCAAGACGCCAUCGCCCUCAGGGGGAGCGAGCCUGGCCUCGGCCAAGCCUGCCUGGGCACCGCAGGAGACGGAUGCCCCUCUCACCCUAGCGAUGGACACCAAUGACGAGGUGCAUGUGUGCCAAUUGUGCGGUGCCUGGUAUGAGUCCCGCAAAGGCCUGGCCAGUCACUGCCGGGCCCACUUGCGCCAGUUCGGCAUCACCGAGAACACCGAGACGAAAGGAGGACCAAUAGAAUUCCUCUACCAGAUCAUGGAAGCGGAAGACCUCCAACCUAUAGCAAGUGAAGGUCUCAACGCUCUAUAA